CGAUCGUUCAACAUCGGCCAUACUGUCUCUAAACCGAUAACACAACAUCACAGUGAUAUCGAUUUAAAAGGUUACGCUCUCGCUAUUAUGUCGCCUUCACGACUUUCGUUAACUGACAGUGCACGCGAAACCGUUUUCAGGGCGACAAAGGGGCGGCACCAUCAAAACAUCCAGAGAAAUGGCUUGUGAAGCAUGUAGUGCUAAGUUCACCUUGUUCAAGAGAAAAAAACAAUGUAUGGACUGCUUGAGGUACUUUUGCUCGGAAUGUGUGAUCAAACGACUGGAUAAAGUAUUUACAUGCGAUAGUUGUGGUUUGUUAUCAAGGAGACCACUUGUGAAGAAUCAGAUCAGACAAAUGCGUUCCAAAGACUUACGUCAGUAUCUUGUGGCAAAGAAAGUUUCUGUCAAAGGAUGUGUUGAGAAAGAGGACUUGGUACAUUUACUAAUGCUGUUUGCUAAUGGGAGUGAUCCCUGCUUAAAUAACGAAAGUACAAGUACCAGGACACAAACAGCCGCCCAAGAACCUGUAGUCGAUCUCUCUAUAAACAGAUCAGAAAGUAUGCCAAAUGUCAGUACCUCAAACAGUGAACAGUCUGGAGAUGCGUACGAAGAAUCGCAACCCGCAAGAAGCGAAGACAUUGAAAUGGACGAGGGAGAAAGAAUAAUUGAAAGUAAUGAUAAUAGUCCGCUCCUUAGUUUUCCACUUAGUAGUGACAACGAAACACCGGAGGAGGAGAGGUCAAUAAGAAGAGAUAGUGUGGAAAUAAUAGAAGUUACAGAGACCGAUAAUGAUCCGGUCGUUCCUGAGGCAUCGAGUGCACCAGACAAUGCACCAGAGCCAAUAAUUGCGGAGCAGGAAGAAGUUUCUGAAGCAUCUAGUGAGAACAAAUCGAAUAUACGAAUUACAGAAAUUCUCACGUCCGAUAAAGUACAAUUAUCAGAUAUAAAAGAAACGUCAGAAUUAGAAUAUUUAAAUGUUAAACAAUUAAAGAAUCUAUUAAGUACAAAUCGCGUAGAUUACAAAGGUUGCAUAGAAAGACAAGAAUUAUUGAAUAAAGUGACCAGAUUGUGGAACGAGUACAAUCAAUCUAGAAAAGAGGUAGAAAAUCUGAGCGAGGAAGAACUUUGCAAAAUCUGUUGGGACGCACCGAUCGAGUGUGUCAUUUUGGAGUGUGGUCACAUGGCUUGUUGCAUCAACUGUGGCAAGCAAAUGUCCGAGUGUCCGAUAUGCAAGCAGUACGUCGUCCGUGUUGUAAGAUUCUUUAAAGCUUGAUGAGGCAACGACUUGAUUAUUAUUUGUAACGAACUAAUCGUUAAAAAAAAAAAAAAAAAAAAACUUUUAAACGUAUUUCUUUUUGUUGCAAAAAAUAAUGUGUUUAAACAUUUUUCAUUUUUCUGUUACGUUGAAAUGUUUGAUCCAUUAUUUCUGAGAAAUUGCUAAUCUCUCAGAAAAACUCAGUCAGUUUGUCGUCUUAUUGUUGAUAAUUUGCUUCUGUCUAAUACAUUAAUACGAUGAUCGUGAAAAUAAAAAUUGUCAAGUUACGCGCGCUCUCAAUUGUUCAAACAUAAUGCAACUUUUACGCAUUAAAAUAUUUGCAAUGUAUCGCGAUGAUGACGUUGCAUAAAAUUAGCACGGGACUACACGUGCGUUUAUAUUUAUAGCUAAAAGCAGAAUUGAUUCACGAUAAAAAAAAAAAAAAAAAAA